CAGAGUGGGAUAGAACAGUCCUGUGCUGUUGUCAGGGCAAGGAAAAGCCGUCGAGCAAAAGUGCAGAUUGCCCAAGCGUUUGCCAGUCUUGAUCAGACAGUUCCUGACAUUAAUGAAGGGCUUCAAAUGUAGCUCUAGCUCAUUUUCAGCCAGUACUAUACUUGUGAAUAAAAGCUGAACCACGCGAGUCCUCAAGGUUAGUGAAGUAGCCUACAGCCAAAGAGUCAAAGAAAAAGAAAAAAAAAAAACGAAGACAGGAAUAUCUAUGAAAAAAGAACAUAGAUAAAGCUCCAUUUAACUGGUGAAAGAAACAACACGGAGAACUUGGAAUAUGUCUGAUUUUUAACACUGAACUGGAAUUCGCACAGGGCCAAAACACUCAUUGCUGCGGAUCGUGCGUGUAUUAACGGCACAUCGGGGGUAGAAGUAGCUUUAGUUCGUUUUUCUACAUUGAAAUUCCGGUGGAAAUUUUAGAAGCAUCCGGAUCCGGAGUCGAAAGAAAGGAAAGGAGAUUAACACACAUUGUCACUUAUCAGGAAGCUAUUGCGACCGGAUGAAAUAACAUGGAGCUUUUGUAACAAAAAUGGGAAAAGGAGCCUUGCCUGUCCUGCAAUAAUGUAUCCACAACAUAGAGAAAGGGAGCAGCCCAUCUUCAGUGCCAGAGCGCACGUCUUUCAGAUUGACCCCGCUACCAAGAGGAACUGGAUCCCCGCCAGCAAGCAUGCCGUUACCGUCUCGUUCUUCUAUGAUGCCAACAGGAGUGUCUAUCGCAUCAUCAGUGUUGGGGGCACUAAGGCCAUUAUCAACAGCACCAUCACACCCAACAUGACCUUCACCAAGACCUCACAGAAGUUUGGCCAAUGGGCAGACAGUAGGGCAAACACAGUCUACGGUCUCGGCUUUGCCACCGAGCAGCAGCUGCAGCAGUUUUCAGAGCGGUUCAAUGAGGUGAAGGAGGCCGCACGCCUGGCACGGGAGAAAUCCCAGGAGAAGUUUGAGCUGACCAACCCAGCCCUUAACAUUGCAGCACCACAGGAGUUGUCUGAAGACCGACAGUCACCCCCUUUGCUGUGUGUCAACGGCCCUGGCGAGGACAAGCUCUUCCGCAGCCAGAGUGCCGACAUUGAGCUGUCCUCUGAGAAGGAGCGCAUUAAAAAGAUGCUCUCAGAAGGGUCGAUAUGCGAGAUGAACUUGGAGGCGGAGUUAUUCACAUUGCAGGACAGCAACGCAAAACUGGUGGCGGCAUUGCAGGAGGCCAACGCCAAUGUGGAGCAGUGGAAGAAGCAGCUGGCUGCCUACCAGGACGAAACAGACAGACUGCGCGAUAAGGUGGCAGAGCUAGAGGUUCACGGAACUCGGCAGUGUCCCAGUGACAUGGUGAAGGACGAGCUGACUCAGUCCUUGGAGGAGCUGGAGGCACUCCUCAAGGCAAAAGAUGAGGAAAUCCAUGUUCUACAGGCCAAGAAAUCAGAUUUGCAUGAGCUGGAGCAGGAGAGGGAGGAGGCCAUGCACAGACUACAGGAGCUGGAGAGGAGGAACGGGGAGCUGGAACAGCGGGUGCAGAAUGCCGAACAGACACUGGCCUCCUCCCGGGAAGAGCGGGACCUGGCCAAGCGCGAGGUGCACAGGGUCGUCGAAAUCCUGGACGUCAAGAUCUUUGACCUGAAUGACCUGCGGCAGAGCCUGGCUAAGCUAAUCGACAAAUAGGUUACAACACUACAACAGAGAGAGAGAAAGAAAGAGAGAGAGAGGAGGAAGGGAGAGAUAGCAGGUCCAUAUCUACUCCAGCACAAGCACAUUUCUGCACAAGAUGAAAGAGAGAAGGAUGGCCUGCCUGUCUCUCUGGAGUCUUUGGCAACAGCACAAUACAUUGCAAGAAAGUUAGAUUCUUUUCAAAGUGGUGAACUUAUGGUACGGUAAUACUUGCAUAGAAUUCUUUUUUUCCUGUUCUUUAUUGAUGAGGGGGUUCUCGUUAUCCAGCUGAUACAUCAUAGGUACUUCAUAGUAUUAUCAAUAACUCUAUUAUCAGUAUUAUCAACAAGGACUAAGGCCAAAGUUUUAUAUAAGCUUAUUUUAGUAUUUUGGUUCAUUCCUUGCUGUUACUUUGACUACAGUUAUUAGUAUUGUUACUACAAAUGCUGUUUUUACCUUACAAAUCAAGUUUUGGAGACUCAGGAAUACUAUGGGUGGGUGCAGUAAGAAUCCCCAAAUGGGUAGAAAGAGCUUUUUUUUACUGAAAGCGUUGAAGUGGAAGUGUAUACCCCAAACCUACAGCGGGGUUCAACCUCUCAGACACCCUGUCAAAAGCAGAAAAUGUGGGAGAAUAGGCAAAAUGAAUGAUAAACAUUGCUGCUGUGUACUACAUAUUCUCACAAUCAAUUUCAGUUGCAACACAACAGUUACAUUUACCAUUCUGAAGUCUCAUGUGUAUUUAGGCAUGUGCAAACUAAAAUCCAUCCAUCCAUUUUCUAAACCGCAUACUCCUGGUCAUGGUUGCAGGGAGGUUGGAGCCUAUCACAGCAGACAUUGGGUGAAAGGCAGGAAUACACCCUGGACAGGUCACCAAUCCGUGGCAGGGCCCAUAAACCAUUUGCUCACACAUUCAUACCCCAAGUAGAGUUAACCCAACCCACAUGUCUUUAGAAUGUGGGAGGAGCACCCAGAGGAAACCCACGCUUACAUGAGAACAUGCAUACUCCACACAGAAAGGGCCUCUCACUAGGAUUUGUACUUGGUACAUUCACACUAUGAGGCGACAGCGGUACUGACUGCGCCACCGUGCUGUCCACGAACUAAAAUCUGUUUGCCAUAUUAACUUUCCUGUUACAGCGUUUCUGAUGUAUUGGUAGCUAUAAGGUCGAAGCAAAAGUGUAGAGUUCACUAACUACUUGCAUUGUCUGAGACCAAAAGUUCUUGAGUUAACUCUCUUGUUUGGUAUUAUGGUACUACCAUAUGUGGGGCUUAAUAGCUUGUUUUAUUCUGAAAAUUAUUCAAACUUUUAUCUCUUUAAAAUGUAAAAAAAAAAAAAAAAAAGUGUCAUUCAUUUCUGCAAAUAUUUUAAUGCCAGUUUGUAUCUGCAAGACCCUCAUGUAGUAGUACAUUCUGCGAGUGUGUAUAUAGUCAAAUUGUGGUAAAUGAUAAACCAGUUCAGAAACUAUACAACGGUACUAGAAAUGCUGUAACGAAUUAAAGGUGUAUUUACAUACCUGUGAAGAUCUACUGGAUAAGCAGUCAAGCCUGUACUUUUUGAUUUUCUUUAGAAAUAAGCAGCAGGCAAUCAGACAAUGUGGACUAAAUUCUUUAUUUAGCAAAACCCAUCCCCACUGUAAGAAUCGGUUAUGCAAUAUUGUUUCAUGGUUUCUGUUUAGCAUAAAGUACCAGUUUAAUAUUUGGCAUAGAUUAAACUGUUGAAAAGAAAAAAAAAGAUUUCCCCCUUUUUUAUAAUGGAUUGCUUUCACCUGCAGUACAAGACAAAAUGGUAUGCACGGCUUGUAGAUUUAAUUACUGUUAUCAAGUCUAUGCCACGGUCCUGAUGUUAAGAUGGAACUGUAUUACAACCGAUAAUUAAAAGGUGUUGCUAGGUGGAGUACAAGGGAAAAGAGAGGUGUUGCUGGUAUUAGUGGAGUUACUAGAGUUCUGAACAUACCAAAGAUGUAUGCAGGAUGAGACCUUUUCUACUAGCUUACAGAACUGGACCAUAAAAGCACAUUCUCACCUGUUAUCUGCUUCAUGUCUGAAUGAAUGCAUAUUGUUGAAAAUAAUUGCACAGAACACUCAGAGCUAAUUAAAUAAUUAAAUGAGAUUCACACUACAAUCUUCAAGGUUCUUACAAAAGAUAAUUUUAGGGUUCAUAUUCCGUGGAUUAUUUGUGGCUUGUAAAUGUUUUACUAUAGAUUUUGCAGUUGCUAGAGCAGGAUAUACAUGUCACUUUAGCAACCACAUUUUAUCCUCUAAACAAGGAAGCUUUUAGUUUGACAGCGAUGAAUAUGGGAUUGCUUCCAUUUGCUUUGUGCUCUGCCCUGGUAGCUGUGUAGAACUAAAUACAAGACUUUCUAUUCUACAAAGUGAAAGUAAAAUUGGGACUGUACCGUAUUGUGUGAAAAUUGUGUGAGUAUUAUUCAAUUCAUUUUAUUUUGGUGGCUAUUACACAGAUCUAAAGUUCUUCAUUUGGGUUACAGUAAGACAAUUUUAUGUACUCUUAGCUAGAGUGUCAAUGGGCUUCCUUCACGAAACGUGUAUGAUGACAUUUCAUCGUAAACUGCGUAUAAGAACGUGUCCAAGAACAUUUCGGCAUUCAUUAUUUUUUUCUUAUCUGUAUUGGUUCAUGGCUGUUUCCUUAUGCAAAUCACAUGAACAGGAUUGUGCAUAUACAAACAGCCAGUAUUCAUCAUCUCAUACACCUGGGAUAUGCACAAAAACAAAGGUCUGCACAUGUGUCAUGAAUCUCAUGUUUUUUCGUCGGAACAUUUUUAAGAACAAAAGUAAGAAUCAUUUUUUAAAAGUUUUGUGAAUGUGGUCCACUGAUCUUAAAUAAUGACAUUCUAAUCUCAUAUCAGUACAGAUCAAUAUGGUGUCACAGGAGUGUCUAUAAUGAUCAAUCCUGUGUGCACAGUUACUGUAUUUAUAUUCUCGUACAAUGUAAUUACACUGGUAAAAGAACACAUUUGGGCAUUAGAUCUGACCACCGGACUUGGCCUUAUUAAUAUCCCAUCAAUAAUGUCCAACAGUACAUGGUAAACAAAUGAUGCUCUCAUUUUUAAAUCGUUUCCCCAACUCUUCAAACAUAUUAAUACAAUUGUCAGUAUUCUCUAACAGUGGUUAUUUUAGACCCGCACAAUGUGUGUGUGUUUAAGAGGUAUUGAGAAAACAGCCAUGUCAAAAUAAUUUGAAAUAGCAAUUACAAUUUGCUCAUGAGCUGUUGUCAAUGCAGAGCAAGCCCAUACAGCAAAAAUAAAAUUUCUUUAAAGAAAAUAUAUAAUUCAUAAUCAUCUUAAAAUAAUAUGACUAAGAAUAUGGAUGUAAUAUCAUCAAAAGCAAGUCUUCUCCUACUCCUACCUUCAAGAAAAAUGGAAGCAUUAUAAAUAUUUAUUGGAAUUUUGUUUUGUCAAUUACAGUGCGCCAGUGGUGAUUCAAAAUGAAACAUUUAAACCAGAGACAUUUUGCGUAGGUUUGUCCUUUGUCCCUCACUACAUUCAGAUUAGGUUUAGGCUACUUGUGGAUGACUUCUGAACUUCUGUCUGUUUGCACCCCCCCCUCCCCCACCGCCCCUCACCCACCCACCCACCCUAAAAUGAUUUGAUUGACUGACACUUUACAAAACUCCAUGUGUGUUAUUGGGGCUACUGGAAAAAAAACUUUGACAUUUUGUAUUGGAUUAAUAGUGUCACAAACAUUUUAUGUUUUCAUGGAUUUGAUAGAUUAUGGUGGUUUUGCACAGCAAAACUGUACUCACUUUGCUUGGUGAAGUUCUUCAAUGAACACAUCAUGGGAUCUACAUGUGUUAUACCAGCCAAUGGUAACAGCCCUGUGCGUACUAAUGUCACAUUCAAACGUAAAAAUUGAUGUUGUGUACUUUUAGUUUACCUAGUUUGAAAAAAACACUUUUAAUUUGACUGUGUUUUGAGAUUUACAGACCUAGUUUACAGACCUAAGCAUGUUGUAGGGAGAUGUGAACAUUGUAUUGAAGUUACACUUUAGAAUUGAUCACAAGAUAUAUGCAGUCAAAACCAUUUAGAAACUAUUUUUAUGCGCAUAAAAUUACAGGUUAUACACAAUGCAGCAUUUAUAAGGUACAGUUGAUUGCUCCCUGGCUAUAAUGCAUAAAAUAGCAGCAAACUGAACAGCAGAAUGUCUGAAUAUGCCAUAAUUUGUUUUAAAUAAAAGUGCAUACUUCGGUA